UCGUCGCCAUUUGAAACAAACUGAAUAAGCUAAGAACGAAGGGCAUGUGACCUGGUCAUGCAAUCUCAAAUGAAUUUCUAUCUUCAAGCACAGCCCCUCCACCUGUCAAUCCCUCUUCCCCAAAGAAAAAACCAAAACACAAACUUCACCUUCUCCAUUCUUUUUCUACUGGUAAUCCCCUUCUCCUGCAAUGACUCUGUCCAUCUUCCUCCUAUGGCUUGUCAGCAUUCCUCUCAUCGUCCACUCCCUUCCUGCCCCAAGAGGUUGGCUCAUAAGCUGUGGGGCAUCGGGAGAACAAAAGCUAGGAACCCUCAAAUACAUUCCCGAUGAAGGUUUCAUCUCCGUUGGAAACAAAUCGGUCCUCAAAGGACAAGAUUUGCUCCCGAUUUUAACAACCGUGCGAUACUUUCCCGAUACGUCGGCGAGGAAAUAUUGCUAUGUGAUUCCGGUGAUCAAAGGAGGGAAGUAUUUGAUAAGGACUACAUAUUACUAUGGAGGUUUCGAUGGAGGGACAGAGCCGCCUGUGUUUGAUCAGAUCAUUCAAGGGACUAAGUGGAGCAUUGUUAAUACUACUGAGGAUUAUGCUAAUGGCAUGAGUUCUUAUUAUGAGAUUGUCGUGGUUUCUUCAGGGAAGACGCUUAGCGUUUGCCUUGCAAGGAAUGAACAUACAAGUUCUAGUCCUUUUAUAUCGGCUCUUGAAUUGGAGUACCUAGAAGAUUCCAUGUAUAAUUCCUCUGAUUUUAAUAAGUAUGCGCUUACUACAGUUGCUCGUCACAGCUUUGGCAAUGAGGACAUGAUCAGCUUUCCAGAUGAUCAAUUCAACCGGUUAUGGCAACCAUUCACGGACAAUAACCCUGUGGUUGAUAGCAAGUCUAGUGUGUCUUCAUCAGAUUUUUGGAACCUUCCGCCUGAAAAGGCUUUCCACUCUGCCAUCACAACAAGUCGAGGAAAGACACUUGUUCUCCAAUGGCCACCUGUGUCACUUCCAAGUAGCAAAUUCUACGUUGCACUCUAUUUCCAGGACAAUCGAACGCCUAGCCCAUAUAGCUGGAGAGUUUUCAGUGUUAGCAUAAAUGGCCGGAACUUUUACAAAGAUCUUAAUGUCACUACUAAUGGCGUGACUGUUUAUGGCAAGGAAUGGCCUCUAUCUGGAAAGACUGAAAUCACCUUGACUCCUAAUGAUCGGACACCCGUUGGACCAAUGAUCAAUGCUGGUGAGAUCUUUCAGAUUCUGCCUCUUGCAGGAAGGACACUCACAAGAGAUGUGAUGGCCAUGGAAGAUUUGGCAAAAAAACUCGACAAUCCGCCUUCUGAUUGGACUGGGGAUCCCUGCCUACCUCAUGAUAACUCAUGGACUGGUGUUGUAUGUUCUCAAGAUAAUCUGGCUCGAGUUACCACUCUGAACCUCACUGGCAUGGGACUGUCAGGAAUGCUGCCUUCAAGCGUAGGCAAUUUAACAGCAAUCACCCAUAUUUGGCUUGGGGGCAAUAAACUUACUGGUCAGAUCCCAGAAAUGAGCACAUUGAAGGAGCUUCAAACCUUGCAUUUGGAGAAUAACCAGUUUAAAGGAUCAAUCCCUAAAUCAUUAGGCCAACUCGGGAAACUUCGUGAGAUAUUUCUCCAGAACAACAACCUUGAUGGUGAUAUCCCAGAUUCACUGCAAAAUAAACGCGGAAUAAACCUAAAGGUCUCCUCUGGUAAUCCGAAGGCAAUGGAGUAAUGCUAAAGAAGAGGGAAAAGAGAGGAGCAGCACAAAUUUUCUGGAGAAAUGUCAGAUAAGUGUGAUUGGGAACUUUUGGCCAUAUGUGAUGUCAAAGAAGUGUUAAGGAACCCAUUAUCCUGGAGAGAUGGAAGGAAGAAGGAGACCAAUCAUCCUCACUUCACUUGUUUGGCUUCUGUUCUCCCUUUGUAGUUAUGCAAAUAUAACAUCUACUUUUAAGACAACAAUUUGUCAAUUCUUCUUUGGUUCUUCCAUAGACAUCCAUGUUCAUAUCAUAUUCUGCUACAGUAAUGAUCAGAUGACUGAACUACAUAAUGGAAUGCAUGCUUACAAGAAUUCUU